GUGGGUCGCUCGUGCCCGUUGGCGCCAGCCCCUGCAGUGGACCACGAUUGACUGGCGGGCUUUGGUCUUACUCGCCUUUUUGUUGCGUGACGGUGUCGCACGUAAGGCCGCACCAGCCGAACCAGAUGUGCUGAGAGAACCGAAACUGAGCUCAUGGAGAGCCGCAAUUCCAACUUCUUGACGCCGGGUUAUUCGGAUCGCGUCGAGAGGAGCGACAAAAAGCCUGCCACGGUUCCCUUGCGCAGUCCGGUUCCGCAUAAGUCACUCCCGGAGCAGGGGAACGAGGACGUGACAGACUUCCGGAAGCCUGACCAUGUCCGAGAAUGCAAGGACGUCUUCUCGCUCAUGGUGUUCUCCGUAUUCGCCGUAUAUAUGGUCUGUGUCGCAAUAGCUGCUGCUUCUCGCCGGGACUAUGUGCGUCUGCUGCAUCACGCGGACAGCUACGGCAACCUGUGUGGCCUGGACAACCGGAACCAAAGGCUUAUCGGCGUGCCGCUGUCCGGCCAGGACAUGCGUGGAAAGACGCUGCUCCAGAAAUCUGAAUCUGCAUGGAUGUGCGUGGAAAAGUGUGAGAAGGAAACUGCCGGCCUGCUGCCUUACGUUUGCUCGGUGCAAGCAUCCGAGGUGCGUGAGUUCAUACUCAGGGAUUCGGACUCGAAGAUUCUCGCUGGGGACCUGCUGUGGCAAAUGGAUGAAAUGUGUUUUGUGGUGCUGAUAGGAAUAGGCAUCACAAUUGUUUGGAUGCUGUGCCUUCGCUUCUGGAUGAGCAUCUACUCUUGGCUGGUGAUGAUGGCGUCGGCUGUCAGCACGCUAGCCUUCACAAUCACACUUUGGUUGGCCUGGGGCAAUGACAUCACACUAUAUAGGCGCUCGCCUGGUGACGUGAUGGAGCUGUCCAAACACAAUGAACGCAGUAACCUGUGGAUCGUGGUAUUGGUGCUACUCACGAUACUCACGAUCGUCACACUGCUCAUGAUUGCCGCCGUUCUCAAGAAAGUCACGAUGAUUGUGGGUGUGUUAGAAGAAGCCGGAAGAGCCCUUGGUGACGUGCCUUCUCUUUUCGGCCAAGCUAUCAUGGCAGCCGGAGGAAUUGUUGUAAUCGCUGGGUUCUGGCUUCUUGGUCUCAUCGCCAUGCUGUCGGUUGUGCAUCCAUUCAUUGACGACGCACAGCAGCGGACCGUUGGUUUUCAUACAGACGGCUUUUUCUGGUAA